GGAAACGGUCAUAUUCUAAAUUUCAGAUCGAUAUCUACAAAACUGAGACUAGUGCGCGUACAUAUAUAUAGACAGACAGACGGACAUGGCUAAACCGACUCAGCUUGUCACGUUUUAAAUACAUAUGUACAUAUAUUAUAGUGUAUACGAAGUUUCCUUCUGGGCGUUACAAACUUCGUGGCAAAUUAAUAUACCCGGUUCAGGGUAUAAAAAUUAUGCUACACCAACUUCUCUUACAUGAAAUUUUUGUCAAUCAAAAUUUUUUUUGUAUUCCACUUUUAUCAAACUCAUAUUUAAAAAUUAUAAAUAAAAAAUAUUAUUUUCUAUCUGGUUUUUCUAGCAAAAAAUUCUUGCAUAAUACAAAAUAAAAUUUAAAUUGUAAAAAAUAUUGCAAAAUUUUUAGUAAUAAAUUAAAAUAGUGUAGCCGUUACUUAGAACUAAAACGAAAAAUUUAGCAAAAUGCUUGUAACCACCUACCAACACGACUACGUGCCACCCUACACCAAACGCUAUGAAUUUGUCAAGAAGCUAGACAAAGCAGAAAAGGAGAAGGAAGAGUGUCAAUGCAUCGACACAGCAAAAAUCGAGGUGCCCAAAGCCGCGCAGGACAAGUGCGAAAGCACUGCAGAAUGGACAGGCAUUGCACCGAUGGGACGACUCAUCGAUCCACGUAUCAUACCGACAAAACUGACACCCGAACAAGCCGACAACUUAGCCAAAGAUACGGAUGCCGAUUGCUUUAAGGCGCAACCGAAUCGUUUUCUGCAAAUAUUGCGCACCGCCUAUCCCGAUUUGUAUGAUCGCCUAAAGGAAAUGCCUAAAGAUGAGCUGAAUAGACGUUUGGAGCGUCAACGGCUCUUCACCACGUAUCAAAUUGAUUAUUGUAAUAUGAAUGAAUAUCCGGAAGGUAUAUAUGAGAGUCUCAAAGAGAAGGAUGAUACUGCUAAACUCAACGCAACAAAAUUGCUGCAGAAGGAAGGCGCUUGUGAUGUCUUCCGCGCCAAUGUAAUGAAGGAAUUGGACAAUCAAACACGCAAUCCGACCAUCACAGAUCCCUGCGAGCAUGCGUACAAGCCGUUCAAGAUCUCCUUUACGGACAGUGCGCGUUUCAUCAAUAGCGGCAAUAAUUCGCAUUGGCGCAGCAAAGCGUUUGUCACGCGCACCAACUUCUCCGAGUAUAUGGAAACGAUUAGCCGCAAUGGUUGUGUUAUUAUGAAAAAUAAUAUACAUGAUCACAGCAAGUGCGGCAGUAAUGGCAAACACUGCCGUCAUCCGCUGCUGAAUGUUUGCAUAAAUCAUGUACGAUGAGCAAAGUGGACGGAAUGCUUGCUGAAACUCAAGUUUGUAACGUGUUUUAUUUUUAUUUACUUUAUAUGCUUGAUAAGUGUCAGCAGUGUUGUCACUAUUGUCGAAGAGCCAGUGAAUAUUGUUUGGUAUGCAGCUGGGUUAAUGCAAACUUGCGGUAUAAUUAUUACGUACAUAUGUAAACUGCUGGAUAAUUAAGUUGCAAUUACACUACAGUGCUCAAUGUUAUGGCACCAAAUAAAUUUAUAGUCAAACAUUUAGUAAA